AUGAUGAUGGAAGAUUUGGAGGGAAACUCCAACGAAUUAUUCGAUCGGUUUUUAUCACGUUCCGGGCCUCCCACAGCAGCACAUCACCUGACCUUAGCCAGUGUCCAUGCAUUACAGCCGAACGACGAAAUUGAACUUAACCUAAUGGAAACGUACCCUAACGGGCAAGAAGCAUCGUUUAUCGCAACUCAGUCCCGAAAAAUCUCUCAAAACUCGAGCAACGGUUCUGUCCAGUAUCCUUCCUUGAUGAAAGAAAACCGCCCUGGAUCGAGAUCGCCGUCGGAGCAAAAUGGCGACCAAGAAUGGGACGAGUUCCAUCCAUUUAUCGAAGCCCUGCUGCCCCACGUGAAGUCCUUCGCCUAUGUUUGGUUCAAUCUCCAAGCUCGCAAGCGCAAGUACCUCAAAAAGCACGAGAAAAGAAUGCCACCAGAAGAAGAGCGCGCGCAGAAAGAAGAACUUCUCAACGAAAAAGCCGAGGUCAAACAAAAAUGGGCUUCGCGUCUUUUGGCGAAGCUGCGAAAAGACAUCAGACCGGAGUACAGAGAAGACUUUGUUCUGACGAUUACGGGGAGAAAGCCUGUUUGCUGUAUUCUUUCAAAUCCAGAUCAAAAAGGCAAAAUCAGAAGAAUCGACUGUUUGAGACAAGCCGAUAAGGUUUGGCGACUUGAUCUGGUGAUGGUGAUUCUCUUCCGAGGCAUUCCACUUGAGUCAACAGACGGUGAGCGCCUUUCCAAAUGCGAAACCUGCGGACAACACAGUGGCUUAUGUGUCCAACCGUAUCAUGUCUCAAUCAAAGUCCGAGAGCUAGAUCUUUUCCUCGCCAACGUCGUGGGCCAGCGAGAUCGACUCUUUUCCAAAGACGGGGAGGAAGCGGAAGAGGAUCCAAAGGACUUAUCUUUUGGAAAUCGCAAACUGGACUUCGGUGUCAUGGGUGCCGCAGAUGCGUUUAAAACGCGCGGAGUUUUCGGCGUUAAUGAAAUCUACAGACUAACCAAAGUUCCAAUGGUAUCACCCGAUAUGCCUCUCAUGCUCAACUCUGUCGACGCAGCGCCCUACUCUUAUGCCAACAAUUACGCCGCUGACCGAGUUGGACUCAAUCCCGUUGUUGGCUUGCAAAAUCAAGGCUCGAAACGGAUGAAGCUUAGUUCGACGAGUCCCGACGAACUCAACGGUACGGAGGACUCUGCACAGACUGAUAACAACUCACAUUUUAACAAUUCGCGGCCAGGUAGUUCAGAUCAAUCUCCUCUCCAGUCGCCGCGAAUAACAGCAAAGACAGAAGCUCCAGACAGUACAACGAUCGGAAAUGCAGCGAGACCGCCGGUUUCCGUCGCUACUUCGAUGCGAUUCGCAGCAUCCCAUCCAUGGCCGACAGUUCUCAAUCAUCAAACGUUUCAAAUGCAACAGAAUCUCUUUCAAGCUGUGGGCAACAAGGACCUCAAGGAAUUGGCGCUCUUUACCGCUCCACAACCGGACGGACAGCUGCUGAGCUACACUCCUGUAACUACUGCGGGUAAUCGAGGCUGGCCAAUUCAAGCCGUUGUGCCUCUCCACAGCGGUAGUGUACCCGGCUUGAACCCGAACGAGCAGCUCGUCACCGAAGAGCGUCUCUUCCCUACAGUCGCAGACGGCAUUCGCACUGGUGCUAAAGAGUAA